CUUGUUUAAAAUUUGUUGUCAAUUAUGUGAAAGAAUAGUGGGUGUCUCUUGUUUUUCCUUUUUUUUCUUUUCCUAACAAAUUAUCAGUCGGGUAUAUGCUUGUAUUUUGAUUUAUUGGUAUGAAGUAUUGUUCUCUUAAGUGUUAUAGAGUAUGGUGUGUAGGGAUAGAAUGCACAGAUUAACUGGAAAUACCAAGAAGAGUGGAUGUUGAGUUUGUUAUUGCUGCUGCAUUACUUGAUUCGAUAAAUUAGUUGCUUUACUUGUUGGGUAUUGGUUGAACUUAGUUGAAAAAGCAACAGCCUUUACAGGAUAGAAUAUAGCAAUGGAGUUGCUUAUUAGAGUUCAUGAACGAGUCAAAUUGGGUGUUGCUUGUUCUGACUUUUGAUUAUGGCUCUAGGUUGUUUUCAGUUUGGAGCUUGGCAGUGAGACUAGUAGUUGAGAAGGCAAUGGUUAUCCAGAGUGGAAAAUAUGGAAAAUAAUGGCAGCAAUUCACAUUCCCAUGACAAUGGGCAUUUGGGAGGUACAGAGGACCCCAAUAAAGAGAACUGCACUGAGAAAGAUGUGUUUGUUAAUCAUGCUGAGAUAACUUGGCACAAGAAACGAAAACAAUGGGUUGGUGAUCGGUCUCAGAAGUCUCAGAAAAUGCCUAGAGAACCAAUUAUGAGGGAAUGUAAGAAAGGCAACAAAAGCUUAUCUCUAGGGGAGACGUGUCUUCAGAAAUUGCCAUGGAUUCUUUUAAGUUUUGCUGGACCGCAACAUAUGAGGAUCUACUUUGCUCAAGUGAACCUUUUCAGCAGCCGAUACCCUUAGCUGAGAUGGUGGACUUUUUAGUUGACAUAUGGCAUGAAGAAGGGCUCUAUGACUAGAUGUUUGGUAAAUUACUUUUGGUUGCUGCACAGUUUUGGUUGUGCAGAUUGAUGGGAUUAAGCUAAUUCCAGGUUGUGUUGAUAUUUACAAGAGAUUCUUUGAAUGGUAUAUAAUUGAUUCCCUUGUUCUUGAUUUUCGAAACAAGAAUUGGAAUGUGAAGCUUAAUGACAUCUAUAAUCUUGUUGGUUUUCGGCAGUGCAGUUGACUGCCAAGUACUAAUAGUUAUCUAUUAAACUAGAAAUCCUAAGUUAAACUAUUGUAUUUUGGAUCUGUUUAGUGAUUUUUCUUUUGUGAUAA